AUGCAAAUGGAUCGGUCAAAAUCGUUGACUUUGACUUUACAGCUCUCUCAACUCUCAAGUCGUCUCUCUCCCUUUACUAAUAGCUGCCAAUAGCUUCUCUCAAUCUCACCGCACAAUAACACCAUGACUUCUUGCUCCUUCACUCUCUUCAUCUUUGCGGUCAUUAUCUUUCUUCAGUCUUUAAGUUCAACGGGAGCUACCACGUGUCAUCCUGAUGAUGAGGCGGGUCUUUUAGCUUUCAAAUCGGGUAUAACUCAAGAUCCUUCGGGAAUGCUCAGCUCUUGGACGAAAAAUACUUCUUGCUGCUCGUGGAAAGGUAUCACUUGCCUCAACAGCGACCGUGUCACCAACCUCGACCUAGUGGGAUUUUUAAAAAAACCCGAACGCUCCCUUUCCGGUACUCUCUCACCGUCGCUGGCCAAACUUCAGCACCUCAACGUGGUUAGCUUAGGAGAUCAUGGGAACAUCACUGGAUCUUUUCCAAAGUUCCUUCUCAAAUUACCAAAGCUAAGGUACGUUGACAUCCAGAAUAACCGUCUCUCCGGUCCACUUCCGACCAACAUCGGCGUGCUAAACACGUUAGAACAAUUCUUUCUUCAGGGAAAUAAGUUCACCGGUCCGAUCCCGAAUUCGAUAUCAAAUCUAACUCGGUUAUCUUAUCUCAUUUUCGGAGGUAAUCUCUUAACCGGAACUAUACCCUUAGGACUUGCUAAUCUCAAGCUCAUGCAGCAUCUGGCACUCGGCGACAACCGCCUCUCAGGCACCGUCCCAGAAAUUUUCGAAUCAAUGACGUUGCUCAAAUUUCUAGAUCUCUCCCGCAAUGGAUUCUCUGGAAAACUUCCUCUGUCCAUUGCGUCACUCGCACCGACACUCCUAGCCCUCAAGCUGAGCCAGAACAAUCUCUCGGGGGCGAUCCCGGACUAUAUAUCAAGAUUCAACAGGCUCGAAAAGUUGGAUCUCUCCAAGAACCGGUUCUCCGGGGUUGUACCGAAGGGUUUCGUCAAUCUGACCAAUAUUAACAAUCUUGAUCUCUCCCACAAUCUUCUAACUAAUCAAUUCCCUGAAUUGAACGUUAACACCAUCGAAUAUCUUGAUCUCUCGUACAACCAAUUUCAGCUGGAAACGAUUCCACAAUGGGUGACAUCGUUGCCGAGUCUCUUCUUGUUGAAGCUAGCAAAAUGCGGGAUCAAGAUGAGCUUAGAUGAUUGGAAGCCAGCGGAACCCUUGUACUACCAUUACAUCGAUCUAUCGAAAAACGAGAUCUCAGGGAGUCUAGAAAGGUUCUUGAACCAGACAUGGUAUCUGCUGGAGUUUCGGGCGGCGGGGAACAAACUCCAAUUCGAUAUGGGGAACUUGAAGUUUGCAAGGACGCUAAAAACCCUGGAUCUUUCAAGGAACUUGGUAUUCGGGAUGGUGCCGGCGAUGGUAGCUGGUCUGCAGAGACUAAACUUGAGUCAAAACCAUCUUUGCGGAAAGCUUCCAGCUACAAAGUUCCCGGCCAGUGCGUUUGCCGAUAACCACUGUCUUUGCGGCUCUCCACUUUCUCCUUGUAAACUUUAGCGCCAAGAAAACUAUAAUUGGUAUUUGAAUUUAUCGCGACAGUUAACUCCAAAUAAGAUUAUAAAGUAAUUUUAAGAGACUAAGCUCCAUUGCAACGAAAUAUUAUGAAAUAUAAGUUUUUAACACUUCAA